AUGACGGAGAGUUUAGAGCGAACGCUCGAGGAGUGCUCUGCGACGGUCGCAGAAAUCGAGAGGAGAGUUUUAGUAUUCGCAAACAACAACAACAACAACAACAACAACAAGAACAACAACAAGAACGAGACCAAAAUCGUCCUCGUGUUUAAAACAGAAACGAGAACGAUACGAAGAGAGUUGGAGGAGGUGAGGAAACACUUGACGAGUUUCAAAUGCGACGACGACGAGAAAAGAAGAAUACCACCACCGUUAAUCCCGGAACCGCAAAAAGACGCGUCGAGAAAAGAGCGAGAGGACAUCGUCAGAGAGGCGUUGCGCGAAGAAACAGACCAGUUUGUGUAUUGGAAGAAGUCGGCGAAGAUGUAUUUAGAAAAGGCGAAGAAGAAGAUGAACUCGGUGGCGACGAAGACCAAGACGGCGGUGAAGAAAUUCGCCGCGACGACUGCUGCUACUACCACGACGACUACGACUAAAAAUGAAGAAAGAUAUAGCGACGCGCAGAGGCAAAGAGAACGGCGAGAAGAGGAGGAGAUUCGACGCUUGCGAAGGUACGGGUACGAGAACGCGACGACGAAUAAUAAUACCGGAGAGCAGAGCGUGUUCGAAGGAGAUUUAGACGAGAAAAACGAAGAGGAAAAAGAAGACGACGACGACGCGCGGAGGAAAGCGUUGUUCGCUACGAUAACACCAACAGUAACGACGAUGACAUCAUCGCUUCCAAGCAACAACGACAACAAUAACAACAGAAAUACCGACAACACUCGUUACGACAUCAACGCCGCUCGAAACUCCACCCUCGCCGCCAACCGUUCCGCCAUCGCUUUAGAAGACAGUUUAAAACAAGCUGAACGCGCUGAACAAGCUGGGAGAGACACUUUAGAAAACCUGCGACGCCAACGAGAAACGUUGCAAAGAACCUCGGCGCAGAUGCAAAACGCGAAAGAUACCGUGGAAGAGAACAGGAAAAUCGUGAAGAAAAUGAGCCACUGGAGUCGUUUAGGUUGUUAG